CCUGGUUUGAGUUUUGUUAUUUUUGCAACACUUGCACUUUGAUUUUGAGAGAGAGAAAUGGGUCGCAACAUGCCGUCACUGUUAGGAUAAGGAGUUUAAUGAGUUCGGCAAGUGAGAGACCAAAGCAUAAGGUAUCUCGUGGACCACAUUAUGUGGCCAUGAUUCUGAUUUCUGAACCACAUGUCUCAAGAGCCCUAUCCACAAACCGCAACCUUGCUCUAAAUGCAUGUUCACUGUUUCGAUAGGGCAAAAAUGAUGGCACUAAUAAUAGGAGCCACAGUCUUUAUCAACAGAAAAAAGAUAGAGGCGCGUGCAGGGUCAGGCCAUGAUCUUAUCCUGUGCUUCAUUUUCUGUCUCUUGUAGUUAAAUCUUCUUCUUGAAGGGUCACCAAGUUAUUUCAUGCUUCAAUGGCCGGUUGUCAUGUGAGUCCUGUGAUUUUUAGAACCUUGGAUAUAAUGAAGCUUCAAAGAUUGGCUCCGCCUGAGAAUCUUUCAAGGAUGAACACCGUGAGAAUUGGUGACAGACCGCUCUGGUUUAGACCCUUCACCAUAGUUAAAGUUGGGGAACAAAACUUUGGCUCAGGCUUGGUUAAGGAUGACACACUUGCUGAGAAGAAAAGGGAGCUUUACCAGGCAGUGGAAGAAAGGGUAUGUGAUAUGUUUGAAAUCAAUUGCAAUAAAAAAUAUGUUUCAAGGAAUCAACAGGGGGAUUUUUGGACUCCCAUCUGCCAAGAAAUUUGAAAUUGAGAGUUUGGUGCAGCAGCUAGAAUCUCAGAAUCCAACUCCAGAGCCAACUCUAGAACUAGACAAGGUGGCUGGGUGCUGGAGGCUUGUUUAUAGCACAAUCACAAUUCUGGGAUCAAAGAGAACCAAGUUAGGCCUCAGAGACUUUAUCUCAUUGGAUGAGUUUUUUCAAACCAUUGACAUAGCCAAGAGCAAAGCAGUUAACGUGGUCGAGUUCAGUGCAAAGGGGUUGAGUUUGUUGUCAGGACAGCUUAGUAUUGAGGCUUCUUUCAAGAUUGCUUCAGCAACAAGGGUUGACAUUAACUUUGAAAGCUCCACCAUUACUCCUGAUCAGUUGAUGCAUGUAUUCCGGAAAAACUAUAAUCUUCUGUUGGGCAUCUUCAAUCCAGAGGGAUGGUUGGAAAUCACAUAUGUUGAUGACACCAUGAGGAUUGGAAGGGACAACAAGGGUAAUAUCUUUGUGCUGGAAAAAAUUGAAGAUAGAAAUCGUAAUUCUCAAGGUUAAGUAGUAUUUUAUUCAGGAUAAAUGUUGGGGUGACAUAAUUUUUAAAAAGAAAAACUCAUACUUUGACGCAUCACUACAUCAUCAUCAGAUAGAGUGUGGAACUUGCUUAGAUGGUGGGUUCACUCUUCAGUCUUCAUCCAUCCUUUAGUGAAGGAAUAAGGAGUUAAAGAUGAGUUUAAAAAGGUUAUGUCGUCUUAACAUAACUCGAUAGGUUUGAGUUAGACAUGUAUAUUUUUAUUAAUCCAAUUUUAAGAAUGUUGUCCCCUUUUUUUUUGUUGAUAUGUUGAUUAUAAUUACUGUUGCAUUGUGAGUAUUAGUACUCACUAAUGCCUAUUUUAUA